AUAAGUUUUUCGCGCAAAAUUUUAAUUUUUCGCCUCGUAUACUUAUGUUCGAAUUUCUAGUUCCAAAAUAGAACAGUUUUAUUAAAUGUUUUUUAACAGACAGUGUCAGACCCCGUUUCACUUUCCCUACUUUUUUUUUAUUCGACUGCUCGCAAAAACUGCAGGGUCGUUGCCAGCGACAGCUGUUGUCUGUCGAAGAUGGCCGACCCGACGCCGGCGUCCCGACGUCAGGCGUCUCUCCUUUCAUGCAGUUAUCGAACAGAGAAACAGCUGUGCACUUUAUAAUACCAUGGUAAUCGUUUUGCAGUAAAGUUGCGAAUAUGUCGCUUUUUGUUCGUGAGACGGUGAUACGUUUGAAAAAAAAUUAUGUCGUGAAUAGAAAAAUUCAUCUUUAGAAGGAGGCGAUGAGAAAACAACAGAGUCAGCCUCAAAUCGAUCACCAAAGCGAUGACGAUUGCACCUCUUCGAACCAAAUACUUGAAAGAGUCCAGUCCGACAGGGUGACACUAACGAAGCCGGAGGAAGACAGAAGAAGACGUACUAUUAUUGUCGAAAAGAAAAAUGGUUCAUAUGGCUUCACCCUCCAAAGCUACGGGAUCCAUUAUAAAAAGGAACAAGAAAUCGAAAUGAUAACAUAUGUCGAUUACGUGGACUACGACGGGCCGGCUUAUAGGGCGGGAAUGAGGGAGGGUGACGUCAUACUUUCCAUUAACGGCACCGAUAUGGAAAAAGCUGAUCAUAAAACUCUAGUCAAUUUCAUCAAAAACUGUGAUUCUAGAAUGAGAAUGGUGGUGCUUUUUGAAGAUUGUGUUAGAAAAGUGGAACUCCACAUGAGAUAUAUCCAGUUGCAGAGGAUUCUCCAAAGUAAAAUGACCGAAUUGGAGAAGCUGUGCAUCAGAGAGAGACAACUUCUUGAAGGAAAAUGGAAGACACACAGCUUACCAGCUAGAAAAAAAGCGUCCCAUGCAACGGACACUGGAGACCUCGUAACGCCUACGCAACCCCAAUAUCUUUACUGUCGGCCUACUGUUUCUACUGAAGACGUAGCGAAAAUUCAACAGAAACAACCCCCUCCACAAACUGCUAUGCUCGCUUAUCAAUAUUUGGAUCCGCGUUAUCAAUAUGUUUUACAGCCAUCGUCAGGUAGUGGGGAGUACCUUUUGUCUUUCAAACCGCCUCGGUAUCAAAGUGAACAACAACAUUUUCUAGUAAAAACACCAUGCGAUUCGACGCAAAAAUACAACAAAGCUAAUCAGACAGAUAGCACGAAUACAAAGAUAAAAAAAUCUUUUGAUACGUGCCACAGCUACGUCUGCAACCCUUGUAUACAGGGUAACAAUAAUGGUGAUAACGCCAGCCUAGAGGCUUAUGAUUUGGCCAGUCCUUGCUGUGACCCUCAUUGUGUUCCUAAUCCACGGAGAAGAUCCAGGAAUCAUAAGGAAGUGAGAAAGAGAGACUCUAGAACCGAAGAAACCCAGACCCAGACAGAAGAUACCCAGCAGAAACCAAGAGUUCAAACCCAAUACGCACAAGCCCAGUAUCCUGGCACUCAUCAACAAAUAAGCGGUCCAAGGAGGUAUCUUCAAUUUGGCGCGGGUCUAGUUAGUCAAUGUAGUUUGCAUUCGUGCACAUCUAGUGAAAUAAGUGGAAUAGCUCCAACAACUACCGGAGAAAGCACUGCUAGCUAUUCAACAUCCCUUAGUACCGACACCCUCUAUUGGGACGGAUCAGGGGACAUGGGUUCGAAACAACCUAGCGUGAAAUCCUCCACCAAACACGAUUACCAACGCUACCCAUCAUCCACCACCCACAGCUACGAAUCCGCAUACCCCCAAUAUCCCCCGGUGAAGCCCAAGUCUUGGGAUAACUUGGCUACAAAAGCAUUCGGUGGUUAUGGUUUUGGAUAUGGUUACUUGGAUACAACGAAAUGCUCCAAACCGGCGCAAAAGACUUAUAGUACUAAAAUGACCGUGUCCCAGGCUCCACAGUACUUUAGGGUUUGCACAGAAAAAUGCACCAUUACCAGCAGUUGUUCUAAUCAGUCAUCUUCUAUGUACGGGAAUUGUUCUUCUCAAAGGAGGUACAUCCCUCCCACCAAAUCCACGGAAAGCCUCCUUUCUGUCCCGAAAUACUCAAACGAAAUCCUAUCAGAUUCCAAUAUUUCAUGUGACUGUGUCGAUCCAUCGAUAUCCCCCGGUCCCAUGUCAGUCGAGGGUCGUUUCUUCCAAAGUCCUCGUCAAAGUGUGAUAAGUCCCACUGAUCCAAACAUGGGAUAUUACAGCACCAGGAGGAUGACCAGGGGCGAUUUACAAAGGGUUUCGAUAUCAACAAGUUCUGAAGCAACGAGACUGUAGAAUGCAAAGACAGUUAUUUAUUAUAAUGAUAAUAUUAAUCAAUAAAUAAAUAAAUAAAUAAUCAGUGUGCAGGGGUGGUUAACGGACGGAAUGAGUCCACGUUUCGGGUUGUGUUUGAUAACGACAUCUUUUAGUCAGUAUUUGUAAUAACGCUUGAAAUAUACUUGAAAUAUGUUUUGUAUUUUUGUUCGAAACAAUUUUGUUAUUAUAUAGGUACGUUGUUAUACUUGCAUAUGCGCUUGAAUCUUUAUAAUUUUUUAUUGAAUAUAAAGAUUUGUACACUUACAAGUUA